AUUCCCAAGUUUGUCAGGGUGAUCAAGCCAACUACCCAGCGGUCCCAGCAGAAAAACAAAAACUGGGCAUAAAAGAAAGCAAGAAAAACCCAAAAAAGAUGGAGAGAUGCUGAAAAUUAAGAGAGCUUCAAGAUACAGUUGUAUUGGAAGUACUCAUGGAUUACUUCAGAAAUACCUUCUACUUUGCUUUCUCAGCAAUACUAGUGUUAAUUCUCGGAGUAUUAUUCAGUCGUCGCCGUCAAUUGUCAAAUGAUGAUAAGGUGAAGCGGAAGAAGAGAUACCAUCCGGUUGCUGGUACUAUGUUUAGUCAACUACUCAACUUCAAUACACUCUGGGAUUACAUGACAGAUCAGUGUUGCAGGUAUAAAACUUACCGGUUACUCAGUCCUUUCCGUAGCGAGGUUUAUACAUCUGAUCCUGCAAACGUUGAAUACAUACUCAAAACCAACUUUCAAAAUUACGGCAAGGGAUCGUACAACUACAACAAUUUGAAAGAUCUUUUGGGCGACGGAAUUUUCACUGUAGAUGGCGAUAAAUGGCGUCAUCAGAGAAAGACAUCUAGCUAUGAGUUCUCUACUGGAGUGUUGAGAAAAUUCAGCAGUGUCGUCUUCCAAAAGAACGCAGCAAAACUUGCUCGCGUAGUAUCAGAGGAUGCAAACUCCAAACCGACAGUAGAUAUUUUCGAUUUGUUUCUGAAAGCAACUUUAGAUUCGACGUUCCAAGUCGGAUUCGGCAUUCAGCUAGAUAGCAUGUGCGGAUCAAGUGAUGAGGGAACAUUGUUUGCCAAUGCAUUUGAUGAUUCAAGUGAAAUGACGGCGUGGCGUUAUGUUGAUGCCUCAUGGACGAUCAAGAGGUUUCUAAAUAUCGGAUCCGAAGCAAAACUAAAGAAAAAUGUGAAAGUGAUUGAUGAGUUUGUCUACAAACUAAUUCAUACAAAGAUUGAUCUAAUGUCCAAUUCACCAAAUGAUGCUUCUAUGAAGAAAGAUGAUAUACUGUCAAGGUUUCUAGCAUCGAACGUAACAGAUCCGAAAUAUUUAAGGGACAUAAUUCUCAAUUUCAUAAUUGCUGGCAGAGAUACAACAGCUGCAACUCUUUCUUGGUUCCUUUACAUGCUCUGCAAGCACCCACACAUCCAAGUAACUGUUGCACAAGAAGUAAGGGAAGCCACUAGAGUAAAAGAUAACCUGUCAUUUGAAGAGUUUGCAGCAUUAGUGACAGAAGAAGCCUUAGAAAAAAUGCAGUACCUUCAUGCAGCUAUAACUGAGACUCUAAGGCUCCACCCUGCAGUUCCUAUGGAUCCAAAGAUUUGUUUUUCUGACGACACAUUGCCUGACGGAUUCGAUGUCAAGAAAGGAGAUAUGGUAGCUUAUGUACCAUAUGCAAUGGGAAGGAUGAAGUUUAUAUGGGGAGAUGAUGCAGAAGUAUACCGCCCAGAAAGGUGGCUCAAUAAGGAUGGGGUUUUCCAAAAUGAGAGUCCUUUUAAGUUCACAGCAUUUCAGGCAGGGCCUCGUAUUUGCUUGGGGAAAGAAUUUGCUUAUAGGCAGAUGAAGAUCUUUUCUGCAGUUUUGCUGCAAUUCUUCACAUUCAAGUUGGCUGAUGAAACAAAAGUUGUAAACUAUAGAACCAUGAUCAAUCUUCAUAUCAAGGGUGGACUGCAUCUUCAUGCUUUUCUGAGAACUGGAUAAAAUGUCAUCUAAAGUCCUAGACAUAGACAACUUGAGAUCUCAUUAUCAAUCCGGGGCUUGUUUGAAUUUUUCCGUUUAAAGUGCAUUUGUAGAGCGAACCCAACUUCUAUUUUAGCAAGAAAAUAAUCAUCUCCUGAAUAACUUUUUCUCAAA